CCCCCCCCCCCCCUCUCUGUGCCUUGCUGUCUCCUGCCUUCUGUGGUGCAUCUGCACUGUGGAACAGACCCUUGCAGACCCUGGUAGAGCACCUCUCACCUCUUCUGUUUCCUCUGUUUCUCAACAGUGCUUGGAGAGCGAAACGCUUUUUAAAAAAAAAUAGGCUGUAAUGCUGAGGUUUAAAAGCAUAUUACUGCCUCAGGAUUUAGUAUUUGUUAAGAAGUAAAUGAUAAUCUUAAGAGCUGUAAGUAAAAGAUAUUUUAACUCGUCGUGGACCAAUACGGUUUGAGGACUUGCGGCUGAAACCGCCAUCUUUGAGAAGAUUGCUUUCUUAAUCACAGUUGAAUAGAAAUAAGUUUUGUAGGAAUUUUUACUCUUGUAUUUCAGAUUAGAUUUUAAUUCUACUAUUUUUAUUUUACUAUUAUUUUUUUUUAAAGAUUUAACAUGCCGAAGCUGCAUGUUUAAAAACCUUAGGGAAUUCAUAAAGGGAGAAACGGUGAAUAUUAACAUAAACAGGGCGAGUUCUAAUCUAAGGGAAAAGUACUAAUUGGCUCAGUGGCUGUCUUCCACAUGAUCUUCUUAGAUUGAGUUUAAAUGUUUUUACAUUUUACAAAGAUCUAUUUUAAAUUAAAACUAGGUUAUUUAAAUUGAACCAAGUGUCAGAUAUAGUGAUCUGGGGAAAAAUAUAUAUAGUCUAUUGAGAAUUUAUGAGACGUGAAGAUGUUUAAUUUCAAUCAUGUGUAGCACAAACAUGCUGUGGAAGGACGAAGGAGUUUGAAUGUCAGUGUUGUCUGUAUACAUUGUGUUUCAACAUAAACGUCAGUAUCCAAUCAAAUCCUUUUUUACAAGCAAGACAUUUUUACUUUUUUUUUUUUUUACAUUUUUACUUUUACAUUUAUGCGAAAGUGCACAUAGUCUCCGCAGUAAGCAGGCUGGCCUCUCAUCUUGAGUCAAGGAAAUAAUUCCUGAAAUGUUUUACUUACUUGAAGAAAAAGGCUUCAGUCAGAAUUUUUCCAAAUUAUUUUUCCAUACUAUGUACUUGUUUCAGUUACUCUGCAGGGUAGUUCAACAGGUGUUCAUACCUUUUCAGUUAAAAUCAAAAACCUCAGUAAUUAACCACUUGAGUGGAGUGUUUAUCCCAGUUAGCCAUUUUUCCUGUUUUUGCCACUUGAAUCUUUCCCUGUGUAGUUAUCACCAUGAAGAAAGAACAGUUGAGUUAAAUAAUCCAGAUUUACACGUGGUGUGCGUCAGUUCAGGCUCAACACAUAAAUGCCUGUGCCUGCUCAAUUGGGGAAAAAUAUUUUGUGUGAACUUUAAAAGAGAACGUCCAAUAGAAAUAUUUGAAUAAUAUGUACAUCGGAAGCAAUAUUACCUUGAGUUAAAAUUGUGAUUGUGUUUAUUUCUGUUUUUGCAAAGAUACUUGAUUUUUCAGGACAUACUGUUGCAAAUAUUGUAUGUUAAAAAAAAACUUUUUUUUGAAAAACUUUUUAAGGGAUAUUCACUCCGAGAUGUUUUUUUCCUCCAUCUGUUUUCUGGGUAUGUGUGUUAGGGUUGAGGUUGGGGUUAAUUUAGGGCCCGUCUCUUUGUUGGGUAUGUGUGUUAGGGUUGGGGUUGGGGAUAAUUCAGGGCCUGUCUCUUUGCAGGGUAUGUGUGUUAGGGUUGGGGUUGGGGUUAAUUCAGGGCCUGUCUCUUUGCUGGGUAUGUGUGUUAGGGUUGGGGUUGGGGAUAAUUCAGGGCCUGUCUCUUUGCAGGGUAUGUGUGUUAGGGUUGGGGUUGGGGUUAAUUCAGGGCCUGUCUCUUUGCUGGGUAUGUGUGUUAGGGUUGGGGUUGGGGAUAAUUCAGGGCCUGUUGCUUGCUGUGUCCUGCAGUACAGACAGAAGGCUGUGGAGUUGCUCUGUACUUCAGACAAUGACUGAAAUGCACCUGUGGCUAUUCUGGAGACCUGAGCUGAGUUUGGACUGUGGCCAUUUUUCUGACCGUGUUCCAGAGGCAUUUCCUGUGUAAACUUGGGGUUGCACAGUGAACAUCCGAGACUGAAUCGUGUCUGCUUGCUUGUUCCAGCUGCGUGAGGAGGCCUGUUAGAUCAGUGUUUCUCCACCAUGGUCCUGGGGACACGCGUCAUUCAGCUGGUCUCAUUAGACCCAGCUGGUGAUUACUGCGAACGUUAAUCACAAAAACUCCAUUACUGACCUGGGCUCAACAUCACUGCUGAGGUCUGUUGUGAAUGGAACGAUGUAGCCGGAAGGGUCUUUGUAAGGUGCAGGGAACAGGAAAUUGUAAUGUUUGCGUUUCUUGAUCUUUAGGUGGGCAAAAGCACUCCUCCUGACCGUGCUUUACUUUCACACACGACUGUCGUACAGCCUGUUUGCUGUCGAGAUGCUGAGUACAGGUUGAUAUUAAAGUAAGAGUGAAAGUUGGUUAAAAGCGGUGUGAACACAUUGCAGUAUAGAGUCAGGACCAGGGUGAGAAACGCUGUAUAUGACCUGGACCGUUUGAGCGGAUUGGGUAAAAAAAAAAAAAAGAAACGGUAAACCGCUAUUGGGCAUGGUCUGUGCUGUGCUGUGCUGCGCAAUGUCUGUUCAUGUGCUAAUGUGGCUAGUCUUCAUUUUAAAAAUCCACCACUCCAUUCCUUUCCUUUAAUUUACAUGUUUCUUUUAUAAUCUGUCUGUGUAUAUAGUCUAGUUUUAUCUGUUUUAACUCUUGUGUCCAUUCAAGAACUUGUUUUGCUUCUAGGUCAUUUCUCCACAUCAAAGAUUUGGAAUUUUACAUUAUUAUAUGGCAGAAUAGUUUAGACAAAUCUUUUUUCUUUUUUUAAAUAUGAGAUCUUUGUAUAUUUUAUGUUUUUUAAAAUGUGUGCAUCUUUUGGAGGUAUAGCAUUUUAUGGAAUAAGUGCAUAACUACCAUUCUUGUCAGUUUCAUUGUUUUAAGGAAAUUAUUUUUCCGAGAAUCUUGGAGGCAGAAUUGUGCCUUAGGGGGACGCCGUCCGUGCAGGCUGAAAUGUCCGUAUCCACCACAGUAGCUUGCUGUAAAAUUAAAUAAAGAGAGAAUAUGUUACAUAUUUGCUUUUCCUUCUCUUUGUGUAUGCGUUUGCUUUUGGUUCAGAAAUCUUUAUCAGCACAGCUACGGUAAAUGUCAGAAUGCAUAAUAGAAACGUGUGUUUCUGUGGCCAUUUAACAGGAAAACGCAUAAAGAUUGGGAGUGCUGUUGGUGGCUCCUGUAGUUUAAUACCGUCACCUCUUAAGCUGCAUGUUUCAGUCUCAAUUUGUAUACUCAGUAGGCCAACUUGUUUGACCCUCCAGUAUACCAGCGCUAUAAAAAAAAUAAUUUUAAAUGACAGCCAUUUACGACACCCGGAAAUGAAUUCGGUAACUAAGUCACAUGGUGAAAACAUCCGGGCCGUACAGGAAGAGCGGAGAAAUGUGUCGAGUUUUUCAACGCUACUGAGUCAAUAGAGAAAGCAUGCGUUGCCCGUCCCAUAUCGGGAUACCGCGUUGUCUGUAGCUUGCAGUAAUGUUUAUAGCAUAACUGGCAAAUUUGCUAAUUACCAUUAGCCUACCUUCCAAAUAUAAGGUAAUGUCUCGCGCCGUGUGCUUAAUGUUAGCUUUUGGAUCCAGAAGUUUGAAUUCAGUAUCCGUUUGUGAGGCUAAACGCAUAUUGAUCGUUUCCACACGGUUCCUGUGCACCCGUUACACCAACGCUGGCCUGUCAGUAACAGGUCGCAGUCUCGUUCUUGGCGCCUGUCCGGAUGACGGGUCGGGGGUCUGGUGGAAAAUAGCAGCGCUGCCCAAGCGCGUUUGUUUCUUGGGAGGGUUGCACACGGAUUCUAAACAAAUGAAUGAUGUUAGUCGGGUCAAAAGAGUUUCUGUGGAGGGAAACAUUGCUGUGGGCAAAUCGACUUUCGCGCGGCUUCUGCAGUCUGAAAACGAGGACUGGGAAGUUGUGCAAGAACCAGUCGGCAGGUGGCAAAAUGUGGAAGGCACGUCGUCACAGGCCUUGGAGUCUCCCCAGCAGGCAGUGAGUAACCUGCUCCAGAUGAUGUACCAGGACCCCCAGCGCUGGUCCUACACCUUCCAGACCUUCUCCUGCAUGAGUCGCAUGCGGACCCAGCUGCAGCCGCUCCCCCCGCACCUGCUCCGCCCCCAGAGCACACCUGUGCAGGUGUUUGAGCGCUCCGUCUACAGCGACAGGUAUAUCUUUGCCCUGAACAUGUUUGAGCUGGGAUGCAUCAGCCCCACAGAGUGGGCUGUGUACCAGGGCUGGCACUCCUUCCUGCUGGAGCAGUUCGGCCCGCGUCUGCAGCUGGAGGGGAUUAUCUACCUGAGGGCCCCGCCCGAGACAUGUAUGCAUCGGCUGAGGAAGCGGGGGCGGCAGGAGGAGAAAGAGGUGGAGCUUGCGUACCUGGAGAAGCUGCACACUCAGCAUGAGAACUGGCUGGUGAACAAGAGCACAGAGCUGCACUUUGAGCACCUGAAGCAGGUCCCUGUGUUGGUGCUGGAUGCCGGUGUGGAGUUUGAGAGGGAUGUGGAGGUGCGGGAAAGACUCCUUGCCCAGGUGAAGGCUUUCUUCGAUGGGUUGUGAAGGACGGGUCAUGGCCUUCCUAAUCUCACAGAGCUAAGAAGCUGUCCAGCACCAGGAUUUGCUGUCAUCCCACACAUCAUGAGCUAACAGAAGAAACGGCCAGAAGUACACACACACACACACACACACACACACUCAACUUCACACACCCACGCUCAAGCACACUCAUUCACAUGCUGGCGUGGUUUACACGUUUACAGAAAACGAGAACAAGGAUUUAAUGAGUUCCUGUUCCCAGAGCCCUUUGGACCGCUUCCUACACAGAGCGUCUGAGAGACUCCCUUAAACUGCGAAUUCAGCUAGCAUAAGCUAAGUGAGCCGCUGACUUCAUAGUACUCCUUCUGAGGUCAAACCCACACAAUAACCACAAAACCUCUUCUUGACCAAUAGGGGAUUUCGUAAGGAAAUGCUUCUGAUUGGUGCUCCACAAGACCUGGAGUUAUGUGGCUGAAAAGGGGUGCUUGGAUGUACCCAAGUGUUAAAUGUGAGAUUUUAUGGACACACAAUUAGUGAUGUCACAAGAGUAAUGCGUUACCCUAAAGCAGUGAGAAAUGAAUGGUGAGGGACUCGAAUGUCCCUUGUUUUUCCGUUAUAAUCGAAUUACAUUUCUUGAAGGUGUGUGAACUGUUUUUUGUUUUGAUUUUAAGUCAAUUGAUUUUUGAUACAUGGACUGAAGUGCUGAUGCUCUUUUAUUAGGUUAAUUUUCGUGAAAUACUACCUGAUUUGUUUUUUUUUUGUUUUGUUUUUUUUACAACGCACAUAACCUCUCCAGCUCAGAAAUGCCAGGAAACGGAUGGUUAGACCCACGAUUGGAAUGUAGAGCACGUUGUCACAGUUAAGAUGCUAUUAUCAAGAUGCUGUGCUUUUAAAAUAUUUUGAUGUGUUUUAGAUGUAAUUCCAUGUGCAUUGUUGUGAUUUCAAAGCCCUAACUGUUGAAAAAUGUUAACGGUUAAACAGUGAUUCAUUUGACCUCCCGCACAGAAUUUAUCUGCAAAGCAGUGAUUUGCAGAGACUUCCGCUUGCUUUACACAGCAGCCGAUUCAAGCCCGGGAAUUUGAAUUCUCAUCAUAGCUGAGAAGUCGUUGAGCUCCUCCUCGCGCCUGUUGUGUCAACCAGAGGGAAGCAGACUUUAGUGCGUCAUCUACAGUCCACCUUAUCAUUAAUACAGUAAUUUGAAAAAACAAAAAAUGUAAGAUUUCUGAAACGUUUUCAGCUUCCAUUGAUUAAAGUGAUUAAAACGAUCACGAGAUCUCUGGAAGAUCAGAAUUGCCUGCGCGUAAUCACGGGCGUGUGACGUACACACGUUCGGCAAAAUAUACGAACAUUUACUUAAAUAUGAUACCUUAUUUUUUAUAUGUAUUUAUUUGAUAGGGACCGUGGGCAGCCGUUGCCCCGAGGAGUCUGGCGCAUGCAUUUCUAAUACGAUUCUGAACAAUUAAUGAAUUUGCUGUUUUAAUUAGUUCAGCCAUCACCGAAUAGGCUAUAUCUAUAUAUGUGAGUAUGCUUUGGUUACGCUUGCUUCAUUUUUACCAUAAUAAAAACGUAAGCAGUACUUUUUCAUUAUGGUAUUAACUUUACGGGAAAGUUGUUUGGGGUUUAUAUUUUGGGCGAAACUUCAAGGAUUAGUCUACUUUAUAUCAAAGUGGUACGAUAAUUCUCUGUAAGAUUGGUGUCAAAAUAGUAUAUAUAAUUAAAUACGAAGUGGAUGGAUUGUUAA